AUGACUCUUAAAUCAGCCAAAGAAAUUUGGGAUUAUCUAAAGGAAGAGUACGCUGGGGAUGAAAGAAUAAGAAGCAUGCAGGUGCUUAAUUUAAUGAGGGAAUUUGAAUUGCAAAGGAUGAAAGAGUCUGAAAAAAUCAAAGAAUACUCAGACAAAUUGUUGGGUAUUGCCAACAAGAUAAGGUUGUUGGGCAGCAAUUUUCCUAAUUCAAGAAUUGUUGAGAAAAUUCUUGUAACGGUGGCAGAAAAGUAUGAAGCAUCUAUUGCUUCCUUGGAGAACACAAGGGAUUUGUCUAAAAUCACAUUUGCAGAAGUGCUACAUGCAUUCCAAGCCCAAGAGCAACGAAGUUCGAUGAGGGAAGAUCAUGCCGUUGAAGGUUCUCUUCUAGUCAAAAGCCAACAAGCCAAAAACUACAAGAAGAAUCAUCCAGCCAGUAGUCAGAGCAAUACAAAUAAUUACGAUAAAGGAAAAGGUGGAAAGAAAAGUUACCCACCUUGUCAGCAUUGUGGCAAAAUGGGUCACCCUCCAUUCAGAUGCUGGCAAAGACCUUAUGCUAAAUGCAACAAGUGCAAUCAAAUGGGACAUGAAGCAAUCAUAUGCAAGAGCAAAAAUCAACAACAAGAGGAAGAAGCUAAGGCUGCUGAUCAGGAGGAGGAGGAGGACCAAUUAUUUGUAGCUACUUGUUUCUUGAGCAGUGAAUCGACUGAAAGUUGGCUGAUAGAUAACGGUUGUACCAACCACAUGACCUUCAACAAGGCUCUUUUCAGAGAUUUGAGGCCAACUAAUGUCACUAAAGUCAGAAUAGGUAACAGUGAUUGA